AUUUAUCAAAAAGUCCCUCAAAUACAAUUUUAUAAUAGGCCUUAUAAAAUAACGAAAGAUGUAUAAAUACUAAAGUGUUUGCCCGUUUUAGGCCUUUUAAUAAAAUGGAAAUUGAAUUAAGUAAAAAUUCUUUAGGUUAGGAUUGUUGUUUACAUCCAGAUAAUAAGACAGUUGUUUUAUUACCUGAUUAAACUGUAUUUACUAUGGAUUUUGUAUUUGAUUAUAACACUACAUAACAUAAAGUAUAUGAACAUGUAGGAAAAGAAACAAUUAAUGAUAUAAUGAAUGGUUAUAAUGGGACUAUCUUUGCUUACGGAUAAACUGGAUCAGGAAAACAUAUAGUAUGUUUGGAGAUAUUUACAAUAAAACCUUAAAAGGAAUAAUUCCAAGAUCUAUUGAACAUAUAUUUAAAACUAUUAAUACGUGUUAAUUUGAUAUCGAAUUUAUAUUAACAUGUUCUAUGCUUGAAAUUUAUAAGGAAACAUUAUAUGAUUUAUUAUCGGUUUAAAAAUAGGAUUUAAAAAUUAAAGAAUCAACAACUCGAGGCAUUUAUGUUGAAGGAUUAACUUAAUUAUCAGUAGGAGCAUAAAAUGAACUUUUAACAAUAUUAGAAUUAGGCGAAUAAGCCAGAAAAGUUUCAGCUACUCGAAUAAAUUAAUACAGUUCACGUUCCCAUACAAUAUUUAUGUUAGAAAUAAAGCAAAGAUAUCCCAAUGACACUGAAAAAAAAGGAAAACUAAACCUUGUGGACUUAGCUGGAAGUGAAAAAGUUGGAAAAACAGGUGCUGUUGGUGACAUAUUAGAAGAAGCUAAAAAAAUUAACUUAUCUUUAAGUUGUUUAGGUAAUGUGAUUCAUUCACUUACAUCAAAUAGUGAUCAUAUUCCAUACAGAGAUUCAAAAUUAACUAGAAUACUAUAAGAGAGUUUAGGAGGAAAUUUCAAAACUUCACUUAUUGUAACAUGUUCAAGCCAUUCAAGUAGUUUAGAGGAAACUUUGUCCACCUUAAAGUUUGCUACUAGAGCUAAAUUUAUAAAAAAUCAUUUUAAAAUGAAUAUAAAGAAUUCACCUGAUGCAUUUAAAAAUUAGAAUAAUGUGCUGAUGAAAUUUGUAAUUACAAGAGUUAAUUUUAAGAUAUGGAGACUACAAUUGAAAAAUAAUAAAUUUAUAUUCGAUAAGCUAAAAAAACACAUGAAAUACUAAGACAAAGAAUCGAUAAAGCAGAGGAAGAAUAAAUGA